CGACGACGAGGCUGCUUACUUGCAGGAGCUGUUAUCGCAAUCUCCAUCUUAUCGUCGCUCGGCUUCGGUGCUUGACGCCUUUUCAGUUGACAAUCAUGGGGAUGACCAAGCUCGCCCUGCUCGCUUCUGCCACGCAACGCGAGGCUAUGAUCCUCCAAACUCUAUGCUACGAGGGCGAAAAUGCCUGCAUGGUAGUGUGCAACUCAGUAUAUAUACAACAGUAGCAUCAUCUUUCUUGCACAUUCUCAUCAUCAUCAUCAUCAUCAUCACUCACAUACAGCAAACACAUUCUCAUCAUACAACUCACAUAUAUUUUAAUAUCUCUCAGUGGUACUUCAACCUAUAACUAUUAUCCUCUACACCAUCUCAACUACACAUCAUUCCUCAAACCCUCCAUAUGGCGACCACAAUGCGCGGAUGGCAAUUCAACUCCGGAUCCGGACCAAUGGAGAAGAACCUUUCAAUCCCAUCUUCUGGCAUCCCAAUUCCAUCCAUCAAGAAAGACGAAGUUCUCGUGGAGAGCCAUGCGACAGCCCUCAACCCAAUCGACUACAAGAUUCUUGAACUUCCCAUCGUAGCGCGCUUGGUCUUCUCCGGUAUCACUCCAGGCCUAGACGUCUAUGGUCGUGUUGCGAAAGUCGGUAGCAGUGUCACAAGCUUCAAGGAAGGCGAUAUAGUAUACGGAGGUCUUGCUCCGGGAGGCAAACAUGGCGCGCUGGCAGAGUACCUUCCUGUACCACAGAAUCUGUUAGCAAAAGUACCGCAGGAUCUGAAGGGCGACGACAUCGUAUCCAUUGCGAGUGUGGCCAUGACAGUAUACGCCGCGCUGAAACCCUAUGCUAAACCCGGCAACAAAGUCUUUAUAAAUGGCGGUUCCGGAGGUACUGGUACAAAUGCCAUACAACUCGCGAAGAUACUCGGUUACCACGUCACUGUCUCUUGUUCCACGAAGAAUAUCGAUCUAGUCAAGAGCUUGGGAGCAGAUGAGGUGAUAGAUUACACGAAAGGCCCGGUCGUGCAACAACUAAAAGACAACGGCACUAUUUUCGACCUAGUUGUUGAUAACGUCGGAGCACCAGCAGACUUAUAUCGGGUGUCGAGCGCGUUCCUACGACCAGAGGGCAAGUUCAUCCAAGUAGGUAUUGGUAUGAACUUCAGCGCCGCAGUGCAAUUCAUCAGCAACAAAUUGUCUAGUUUCUUCAGCUGGGGGAAGAGGGAGUACAUUUUCGUCGCUGGUAAUGCGAGCACUGCAACGUUUGAGCAGCUUGCGGCAUAUAUGGAGCAAGGCAAGCUCCGUGCGAUCAUCGACUCGACUUGGGAGUUCUCCGAACUACCGAAAGCUUAUGAGAAGCUGAAGACCGGCAGGGCGAAGGGCAAAGUUGUUGUGCAUGUCAAAGAUUAUUGAGACACCUGGGGGCGUACGCACAUAGAUCUCAUUUGAGCGGUUUUGUACUUUCUCGGUUUCAGUAGUUCAGCUGUGUUUUAUAGACUUAAUGAAUAAUAUCAAGAUCUUCUGUUUAUCCAAUUGGUCAUUCCAUACAGAGUGACUGCAUACCGCAUUGAUCAGGGGGGACCCAUUUCGAGUCUACAAAGCAACACAUACUAAUUUUGAGUCCAUGAAUAUGUUAUAGGUCAUUUUCAAAAUUGGAAGCACAUUGCACAAGCCCUUGGGCGUUGCGCAAGGCCGAUGUUCGGCUCCCAUCUUGUACGGCUGCCUUACGCUAACCGGCGCUCACGCCUGAUUCAAAGAUGGGCUCGACAUACACUGUUCAAUGCAAGCAGAGAGUAAUGAGAUUG